AUGGAAGAAGGAGACACAACGCGACAAAAGUGGCUGCUUGCAUUCUACAAGUACCUCCAGUUGUUAGGUGGCAAGGCAUUAUCUGCGAAACACGCCAAACAACAUGUGAGACAGAUCUUGAACAUGCUCGACGCGAUCGACCCCGACGACCAGGGCCUUAGAGUGUGGCAGUGGGCUAUGCCCUUACUCGAAAGUCAAAAGAAGAGACCAGGAACUAUUAUUUCAUAUUUAACAUCCUUGGAAAAGUUUUUUUAAAUUCGCCUUGGACAGGUAGUAUGAGAACAAGGCACCAUUUCAAUUGCCUAAAGCCAUGUGCACCUCAAUAGAGUGAGCCCAGAAAGACCUUGGUGCUUGGCAGCCAGUUGUGAGAAAGAACUACAAAAAAGACUGGCGGAGGCAUCUGAAGGAAAUGAAAGUCUCAGUACGCCCAGAAGAUGUCAAAGACCUUGACGAGACCGAGCCAGCAAAGAAAGCUAAAAAGUUGUUGAAGGCCCCCUACACGACCCUGACAACAAGGCAGUACUGCAACGUGCCAGAUUACAUCAUUGCCAGUCUGGAGAUGUAG